GUUUUCUUCUGUUUCUGGUUCAUUGACUGCUACACCCUGCAAGUUUAAAUAUGGGAGCUGGCACCUUACAAAUAGCCUGACUCUGUACAAAUCAUCAUCCACAAUGGUUCUCCGAUGCUGCAGGGGACCCGGGUGACGGCCCAUUGGUCUCUGGCUUGGACAUUCGUGCCCAGAGCGGCCACAGUGCAGGCUGUUGAGAAACGAGAGUGUGUGUGGAGAAGACGUGGGCCCGGAGACAUGCUUCCCAGUGAGGAAAACCCGCCAUUGAACUUCCACGGGACCGUGGUCUGAGGAAGGCUCAUCGGGGUCAGAAAUUGCCUCUGGGAAAGUUCCCUUGAGAUACCCCCUGUGCUCCAUAGGGAGGCCCUGGUGUGCACCCUCUUCAAGUCGUGGACAGUCAAGCAAAUACAGAAAGGAGCACCUUUGCCCGUCUGGGCCCCCACAGGACAGGAAAUAGAGGAGGGCCGUCGGAGCACCCUGGUUCUUCUUCUAUUUCUGUAAACGUGCUGCAGCGUGACUUCCGCAGCCCUCUGACAAGCUGCUGCUUCUCGACUCGGAGCUGGAUUCUUCCUCCGAUGAGAAAGCAUCUCCAGUGACAGCCCCCGACCUGGCCCUCAUGCUGCUGGGGCUCAUGCUGAUGAUGUGCGGUGAGUAGGGGGUCCGAGCAGGUGCGGGGCUCCGGCCCCAGUGCCUCCCGAGGCCUCUGCCUGCGCCCGCGGGUGCUGGGAUCUCUGCCUCCAACCGGCAGCUCAGAGUCGGUCAGCAGGUGGUAAAUACUGGAAAGGCAGGUGUUUGAAGGGCACGUUCAUUUCAGUUUUUACCUCCUAGGAAGCGUUCGCUGGCUGUCUUUCCUUCCAGUGUGAAUUCUGUCUGUCCUCGCUGUUGCUGAUAGCUACGAGGAUAAUUCAUACAACAAACUGGGCCUUCGUUCCUUGUCUUAAACACCUUUCCCUUUAUCGUCUGUCCUUGGCCCCCUCAUUCCUACCAUCAAACCCUAGAAUUUAUCACCAACAACUGUUCGCUUUCAAAAUCCCUGUUUCGGGCACCCCCCCACACCCGCCGAGUGGCCACUCUUUGACCCCCGGAGCGACUUUUCGUUGCCAGGUACUGUCCUCUGCCCCCUCCCCGCCUUAGAUUCUGGGGCGCAAGGCUCCCGGCCACACCUGCACCUCUCUCCUCGUGAGCAGCCCCCGAUCAGCAUACUUCUCUGCACGCAUCACACCGGUGCCUUCACACAAAAGGCACCGUCCCAUUGACUCAUGUCCCUUUCAAGGUAGGGCACACGUCUCCAGUGGUCCUGGCAGGGCCGGUGACCUCCUACACCUGCUAGUCUGAGCCUCACGCCUGGACCACUAGGUCCCAGCUUCUCCGCCUCCUCAAACUCCUCCCUUCUCACACUCAGCUUAUGACCUUGCUGCCUAUGUCGCUGAGGACAUGAACACUAUCAGAAGACAAAGUCCUUGCCUGCCUGCGGCCGUGCUCGGAUCUCCCCGCCACCCCUCACACGCCCUCCUUUGGGACUGCCCUAUCCCCGUCCCCACGCAGGGGCCCUCCCUCCUCACUGGGUCCCAGGCGCUCCUGCUCCCUCAGAACCUCCACUCUGCCAUCAGCACGAUUUUUCCUUCUGGGUGAUUCCCGUAAACAUACAAACAGCAUAACGUCUUUCCCCCGAAACCACGGAAAUGCAUCCUGACGGCCUCCGGCUGGCCUUUCGCAAAGUUUCUAGGUCGUUGCUGGGCUUUGCUUUAUCUCCUGCCAUCGUUUUGAGCUCAUUUUUAACUGACGGGACAGUAAGAUUUGCUUUUCUGAUACGCCGUCUAAGAUUCUCCGGAAGGAUUUGCAGCCACGUGACCACCAGCACGCUCACCACAUUUCUAGCGCCUCAACCCCUUUGGCAUCACACCCGCCCGGCCCCUAAGCCCUGGGACCGUCGGCCGGUUCUCAGUGCUCGCAGGUCCCUCUCGCCCUGUCCUGGGCCGCGGCCGUCCGUCUUUCGUCCCCAGUGCUGUUCCCUCCGGGACCAGCAGCCACCUGCGUAUCGCCCCGGCCUGGACCCCGGGUUCCAUCUCCUCGCACUCGGCCUCCCGGGGAUGGUCCUCUGCUCCCUCUUCUGGAAACGCUUCUUCCCGUGGCCUCUGGACUACCACAUUCUGCUGGUUUUCUUUCUAACUCAACCCCCGUUGUUUCCUGACCUUCCCAAGGUUUGACUUUCCCAAGGUUGCUGCCCAGACCUGGCUCUUCCCCACCCACCCCCACCUCGCUCACUUCCCAGCUGCACCGUUCAGAUGCUUUGUGGCCACUUUAACCUUGAACUCAGGCUAAUUUUCCCCAGCGCUGGUCUCUCCUCUGAGCACCUUCCAAGCAGUCAACGGCCGCCCAGCCUCAGCCGGCAUCCUCAGGCUUCCAGACCGAGUUUCCACCCAUGUCCUCCCUGCUUGUCCUGCAGGAUGGUGGUCCGUCCUCCUCCCAGUGUGCGUGAGAGUGAUUUUACAAGCGUAAGUUCAGUCAGAGCUGUCCACGGCUCCCAGCACACCUGAAAUGAAAUCCAGGCCUGGCACCACGUCCAGGAAGCCCUCCGUGACUGGCUCGGACUGCCUGUGGGUACCACAGCAGUGCCCAUCGCUGCCCCUCCCUCAGCUGCAGGGGCACUGCCUUCUCCUCCCUCCACAGAUGAGCUCACUCCUUCUCAGGUCCUCCGCAUUUGCUCCUUCUCUGCCUGGGGUGCUGGUCCCGAACACUGGGAAGGCAGCUCUCUAAUUUCGUUCUGUUUUCUACCCAACUGACAGCUAUUCGAAUGGUCAAGAUUGUCCGAUGAUACUCUGUAACUGAUUUCUCAGCUUUAUCUUUUUCUUCAGUUUAUUUAUUUAUUUUGAGAAGGAGAGACAGAGAGAGAGCAGGCACGAGUGACUGGGGGAGGGGCAGAAAGAGAGGAAAAGAGAGAGUCCCAAGCAGGUGCCGUGCUGUCAGCCCAGAGCCCAACACGGGACUCGACCCCACUGAACGUGAGGUCACGGCCUGAGCCAAAAUCAAGGGUCAGACGCUUAACCGACGGAGCCACCCAGGCGCCCCUGGCCUUUAUCUUUCCUACACGCUGAUCACUCUCUGAAAUCAGAUUGCAUAUUGGUUUUUUAAUUGGCGCUCUCCCCCUGAACAGCAAAGACUUGGUCAUGCUCGCUCUGGCCACCCGCGUCCCACUCGCAAUGCGUGACGCACAGGAGGCCCUCAAAAUGCUUUGUAGGACGGAUGAAUGAACACCGUGAUGGUCAUGCCAGCCCCCGUUGACUCCACUCUCCUACCCGAGGAACGCAUCAUUCAAAUAAGCAUUUAAGCUAAAAAAAAAACAAACAAACAAAAAAAACAAAAACAGGCUAAAUAUGUCAGACUAAGUAUGGGUUCAAAUAGAUAGUGAUAAUGAGGUAAUAUUUACUGAAUGUGGAAUAAAUUCCAGGCAUUUUACAGAUGUCAACUUAUUUAAUCCUCAUGAAAACUCCGUGAAGUAGGUUCAGUAUUACCUCCCUUCUACAGAAAAGGAACAUAGGGCACAGAGAGGGAAAGCAUUUUCUCCGAGGUAACACAGCUAGUGGGGCAGAGCCAGGGUUCAGGCCCGUGCCUUCUGGCUGAGAGCCUGCAUCUCCCCAGAAUCUCCUGUCCUUGGUCAUCAUGUCAUAAUACUGUGGUCAAAUCCUUGGGAUAUGAGAGAAUCUUUGGGGAAAUCAGAAUUCCUUCUCUGGACCUGCUGCGCUGAGAAGUAGGUGAAUAAAGGGCACAGUGUGUGUGUGUGUGUGUGUGUGUGUGUGUGUGUGUUGGUCAGGAGCCUGGCCGUUGUCACUGCGAGUUGGCCGGGCCGGGGCAGGGUCCUCUGGACUUUUGAGGGAGGGAUAAGAGGGAGGUGCGGUCACCAACGAAGGUACCGCGUCCUAACAACGGAUGGGGGCAGUGAUCAGAAAUGAAUGCGGGAGAAAGAGCGGAGGCCAAGAAGGAAGCAGAGAGGAGAAGGAAGAGGCAGGAGUGAAGCGGAGAGGGAAGGUGGGGGAGGAGGGGGGGAGGGGGCAGUGCCGGGGGAGAUCCACCCAACUCCAGAUCUGCACUGAUCUCUCCCGAAUUCUCUCCUAGCGCCGCCCUGCGAACUAACUGAAGAGAAGAGGAAGUUUCCCCCCAGAAGGAACCUUCCACUGACAUGUGUUUACAUCCAGGAGGCGUCAGAACUGCUCUCCUCUAUGCAAAGUACUGUCCACGGGGCCGGAAGGGGCCUUCUGCGUCCUCAAGAACACGGGCUGCACGUACAACCGGGGGGAACAGGCCUCUGAUGCCAACGGUCAGGGGUGUUCGGGACCAGCCCAACCUUCUGGACGGCUCUUCUGAGGUUCGUCCAGGUGGAACUCAGGCCAUGGGCUCAUGGGCUCAAUCCGAGCGUAAGCAGAAAUCCAAGACCACACCCAGAAGAGACGAAACUCCCGCCACCGGGAAUCUGCCAGGUGUUUCUGGGAACACCCGAGAAUGAUCUGGGGCAAGCUCUGAGCUCGAGGCUGAGCUCCAGCCCUCGCAAACGGCCCUGUCCGGGUCCUACUCCACGCCUGCCCUGCCCCAUUCAGAAGCAUGGGGCCCAGCUGCCUAGACGCCUUUUUUAUUCCUUCCUCUGCUCAGCUCAAAAGCUGUGCUGUCCUCGGCCCACUGGGACUGCAGUUUUCCAAGGACAGAAAAUGCCUCCCGGCGCACAGGUGUUCCGUCCAGGCCCCAGCACGGAGCAAGCAUUCUGGUACCGACGUCGGGAGCGAGUUCUUUUGAGUUCCCAGGCGAGGCAUUCCACCAGCCAGGCUUGAGGUGACAGGUGUUGGAGCAGCCCCCGCCGCUCUGUGAACUAGAUCACGUGGCAUUUUUCGCUGGUGAGGGGAGACAGGCUUCUCUUAGGAAAAUUCGUAAACUUUCCCGAAAAGCAGAGGCUCUGAGCCUUCCACAAACAAAUGUCGCAAGAGCCAGUGUGCUCAGGGAUUCUGGGGUUUCCCGGGCGCUGACGCUGGGCAGAAGGAGGUGAGGGGAAGCAGGACCCAGCUUUGCCCACCCGUGGUCCCCCUGGAGAAAAGCCUUACGGCCGAAGAGGGAGGCAUCCCUGAGCUCCAGGUACGGAUUGAAAUUGCUCUGCACAACCUUGCCUUCUACGGAGGUGUGGGCACAGUCCCAGAGCAAGGGAGCCGGUGCGUGCGUGAGGCAUUUUCCGGCAGGUGCGCCCCUGUUGCUUCCAGUGGGAAGGAGAGAAUCCGUAAAGAAGGCAUCGAGCGCCUCUCAACCUUUCCCUGACUGGCAGAUCCCCCGGUGUCACGUUCCGUCCUUGGAAGAAAUAGUGUGGCUCUGGGACACCAGGGGAACAAAGCAGAAGAAAAACGACCGCCCUGAUUUACAAGAAUGAAUGAAACCCACUCACUUUUCCUGAAGCGUCAGGCUUCACCGCCUCCAAUCACAGUCAUCAGUGCCCUGCCCUGUGCCCGGAAGGGGUGUGUUUAGUUCGUGGCUAGAAAUGUCGAAGCGUGAGAACCAAGUGGCAGGCAAGGGUUGUCUUAUGGAUGGAAGAGGUGCUGCGCGGGGGGCGCCGGGGUGCGGGAUGGGCUCUGCACCCCACUGGGCGGUUAUCCAAGCACCAAGUGCCUCCCCCCGGGGACUCUGAACCCCUGGGCCCUGGAACAUAUGUGUUUCAUCCCUCUCUCCAGCCCUGCUCCUGACCGCCACGCCCUCUCGGCCCGUGGAGGGAGGCUCAGUGACCCUGGCCUGCAACGUUCUGGUCCCUUCACGGAGGCUGGACGGCCCCCUCCAGUUCUGCUUCUUCAGAGACAGCCGGGUCCUGUGGCCAGGCUGGAGCAGCUCCCCGGAGCUCCAGCUCCCCAAGGUGUGGAGGGAAGACUCAGGAUCCUACUGGUGCGAAGAAAAGACCAUGGCAGCCAGAGUCACUCGGAGCCCGAGGGUCCAGAUACAGGUGCAGAGAGUCCCCGUCUGUAAUGUGAGCUUGGAGACGCAGCCUCCCGGCGGGCAAGUGCAGAAGGGAGAGAGGCUGGCUCUCAUCUGCAUGGUGGCCAGGGGCACAGGAGACAUCACCUUCCUCUGGUACAAAGGGGCCCUGGGUUUGAACCUGGAAACAAAGACCCAGCGCUCUCUGGCAGCGAAGUUUGAGAUCCCGGCGGUGAGGGACAGUGACACGGACAAAUACUACUGUGCGGCCGACAACGGCUACGGCCCCAGCCUCAGCGAGCUGGUGAGCGUCACCGUCAGAAUUCCAGUGUCCCGCCCCGUCCUCACCAUCAGGGGGCCCGGGGCCCCGGCCGAAGUGGGGGAUGUGGUCGAGCUUCGCUGCGAGGCCCAGAGGGGCUCUCCCCCCAUCCUGUACCGGUUUUAUCACAAGAAUGUCACCCUGGGGAGGAGCUCAGCUCACGCUGGAGGAGGAGCAUCCUUCAACCUCUCUCUGACCGCAGAACAUUCUGGAAACUACUCCUGCGAGGCCGACAACGGGCUGGGGGCCCAGCGCAGCAAGGCGGUGCCACUCAACGUUACAGUGCCCACGGAGGACAGGAAAGAACUUCUUGCCUCGGGAAUCCUCGAGGGGAUGCUUGGCGUCCUUGGUCCCGUCAUUCUGGCCUUAUUCUGCUGUGGGCUCCGGAAAAGACUAGGAAGACGUCCCUCCGGGAACCCACGCGGGAGCCCUCCGAGCCCUGUGCCACCAGCAUCCAGCUACGUCAACUCACCCGCCCCGCUGCAGGGACAGUCUGUGUACGAAAACGCGAAUGUUGUACGCGGGGACGAGGUUUACUCUUUGGUGUACCACACGCAGCAGGAAUGGCCACCAGCAGUACCGCCCCCGAGGACACGUGUCGAGGACCAGGUGAGUCAGAAUCCCCAUGGUAUUUUCCCUCCUGCUCGUCUCUCUUUCUUCUGCCGACGGGCUCCUCAAACUUUAAAACUUAUGGCCACUUAGCAAAACCCAAAUGCCUCCGGGGUCUGUCUCUUCCCUUAUCUCCCCACACAGUGGGAUAAAAACAUUUGGUUGUAACAGUAAAGCGUCACUGUGCAAGGGAAUUUUGGAGGCUUGCGUGGACGUUUCCUUUGGCCACAGAGACAUGGAUGAUUUGUAGUUACACUCUGGCACGUGCCAAGUCUAAACAUGCCAUUCCUUGAAAAUCCUUGUUGUGAAAUACUGUUCAGCCACACACACACACACACACACACACGACUUUGUGUUGUGAGGUUAACCAAACAACCCGUGGAAAACUAAAUUAAUAUUGAACGAAGCUAAACUAAGAGGGAUUUGUGUCAUUGAAACUCAGUGAUCUGUCAACCCUGAAUAAUUGACGACAUCACUGAUAAUACGGAAAUAUGCUCAGAAAAUUGCGGGAAUCCCAGCUCGGCGUGUGUACAAAGACAGUAGAUGCUUUGUAGUUUUGUUGAGUGCGGUGGGGAAGCCAGAUGUGUCACGACAGAACCCAUGUCCUUGGGAAACUCCAGUGACACGCUGAAUUUAGCGUAUGAGUGUAAAAUCCUGAAAUCCUGCAAAAAACGCCAGCCCGCAGAACUGCCUAGCAGUGGCCCCUCCGAACGGGAGAGGGGCUUACGCGUUUGGAUCCACCGGGGGGAUGGGACGCAGGCCCUUUGAAAAUGCUCGCCCAGGGCCGCGGUCUUCCAAGAGGCUGUGCUUCAUGUGCGCGGCACGUCAUGAUAGGACGUGCCCCGGCUGCCUGGGGAAGACACAGGCCCCAUGUGUGUUCCCUGCUCUGGUCCUGUCUAUGUGCCUUUGCUUGUAGGAUGCCUCAGCCAUCUAUUUUAGGCUGAAGAAGGCAAACGUUACAGAUGAGGACUAUGAUGACGCUAUGUAACGUUCCGGAAGAUUCUGCCCUUUGGAAACCAUCCACGACCCUAAGCCUCAGAACCAAUACGUUCUUCAGAGAUCCUGGGGUAGUCAGCCCUCCAGUGCUUCUCACCCAGCUGCUUUCCUCCCAAGACUAUUCCUAAAAUCAGCCAAGAGAACCAACAUGAAUGCGAGGGCGGGAAGGACCUCGUUACCAGGACCCCAUACCUACUGGUUCUUCUAGGCACAGGUAGAACUGUGCUCUACCUUCUUAUAAGAGGACACAAGGUGGGUGAAAGAACUUAGGAUCUUGGGGUGGAGGGACAGUGCAGCUCACUCAGCGGGCCGGGAUGCAAGGUCAGUGACUCCACGGGGCUGCCGCACACGGAGAUGGGUGUCAUCACCUCAUAAGUGUAGACAGGCUCUGUACUGAUCUCCAGAACAGACGUCCAGUCCUGCCACUUGCGUGCAGCCUGCCUCUGUGUAAAAUAUGUCACUCGGUGCAUUUGGGGUCACUGACACCAAAUUAGAAUUCAAACAAAGUUUUGUAAAUACGUACUGUGGGUGCACUCAACUUUGGCGACGUAUUUUGUGUGCAUAGGCCAGUCUAGAUGCCACCAUAUUUGUAAUGAGAUAGAAUCUUGGUGAGUUUCACCACAUCCAAAGUUCUGUGCUUGCUGUGGCUUCUAGAAGCUUUAUGAAUACAGUUUUCUUCUUUUAUUCACAAGCCUUUUAAAAAUGUGACAAUACAA